AAAAAAAAUAACGAGAGAUCUCGAGCACCGCGCUCCACCGCCACGCCCACCAUCCAUCAUGGUAUCGCGAAAGCGAGCUCACUCCGAAAUGGAGACGGCGGCGGCGUCCUCCACGAAACAGCAGGAAGAGCCGAGUCUUUUCCAACGGAUUCGGAAUUGCUGGGAAUUCGCUUCGUUGAUGCAGUAUAUCUUCUUUUUUGGGAAGAUUAUGAAGAUUGAUGAGGAUUUGGGUGUUGAGGACUUGGAGAUGGAAUGCCUCAAACCCGAGCCUUCGGAGAAGCUUAUGGAAAUCGGAUUGGCGCUGCUUAAAUUCGUCUCGUCGCAUCGCGGAUUAACGUUCGACAAUUUCGACGAAUAUACGCGUCGCCAAUACAAUGCCAAAGCCCCUCACCUCGUCAACCCUUUCGGAUACGAUGAAGAGCCGAACAAGUUCAGAGAUUUCGAUGUGUUUUUGAAAUUAAAAGUACUACAUCAAUUGUCGCUCUGGACAUUCUGGAAUCCGGAUCGCAUCCGAGAGAAGAUGCCUGAGCAGCGGGAGAUAGAUCAGACGCAAUGGAGAAUUGAAGAAUUUGGUUGGGAUAGUAAGGACCGGAUUUACUACGUCCUAGAUGACAACCGUCUAUAUCGUCGCACCGAUCCGGCUAUUCCUCCACCAGCCGCUGCUAAACCAAAAGCGAAUUCUAAGAAGGCUAGAGCUGCCGCUAGAGCUGCGAAGCGUAGAAGACUUUCUGCCAAAGCUGAAGAAGAAAACGAUGAGGAUGUCGGUGAAACCGAGAAGAGUUCGAUUGAAGAACCAACACCUGAGUUCAAGUGGGAGUGUUUAGCAACCAACUUGUCCGAAUACCAAGAAUUCAUUGAUUCCUUACAAAAGACUAGAGACCCGAACGAGAAGUCACUUCGAAAUCGUCUUGUGGAAGGAGUUCUCCCCAUUGUUGGAAAAGCCGCUGAAGCAGAAGAGCGCAAACGGCAGAAACGAGAGAAGGAGCUAUUCAAUAUGCAAUUGCUGGCUGGCGCCAAACGUUCCAGUCGUCUGGCUGAGAAGCAAGACAAAGAGCGACGCGAUAGGGAGGCGAUGGAAGCAGCUCGCAAGCGCGAAAUGGAGCUUGCCGCUGCACGCAAGGAACAGGAAAUCCAACACAAGAUGGAAAAAGAACGACAGAACCGUAUCAUGACCCGGGAGCGUCGAAUCAAGGAGAGAGAAUCGAAACGUAUACUUCACGAAGAAGAAAUGGCACGAUUAGAAGAGGAACAGAAGAAGCUCGAGUCUGGAGAGGGUCGAGUCUCGGAAAGACAGAUCAAAGCUGAAUUGGAUAAGCGAAGGAAGGAAAUGGAAGAGCUUGCGGAAGAGGAUCAAUGGAUUUUUGAUUGCUCUGGUUGUGGUGUUCACGGGGAAAACAUUGAUGAUGGUUCACAUUGCGUCGCUUGCGAACGUUGCAACGUCUGGCAACACAGUAGUUGCUUGGGUAUUUCGCAAGACGAGGCCGAGAAGGAUGACUUUCACUUUGUCUGCGCCGAUUGCAAGCGCAAAGAAGAGGAAGCCAGCCGACCAAAGAUCCCUCCUUUGAAAUUCCGUAUCGGAUCUGCUUCACCAGCAACCACUACCGCUCCAGCCGCGAAGGAGGGGGAACAAAGCCCGUUAGCGUCAAAGGUCUCAUUACCUGCACCUGCACCGUCAAACGCAACAGCCUUCCCUCAACGUCCUGCUUUACCACCAAAUCAACCACAGUUUGGAGCACCAACCUCUCCUGAACGUCGCUUUCAACCCGCUACCAAUGGGGGUUCUUUUGCAGCGCCUGGAUCCCCGUCCAAGGGGAGUGUUGGUCCUGCAUCAUCUCCGUUGAGUUCCCUACCUGAGCCUGCGUACAUUCAGCGGCAGCAGCCAGUACAACACUCGUCAGCGGCCCUACAAGGAAUUCUUUCCAACAACCCCUUAUCAUCUCACCGCCCAUCAUCCUCACACUCCGUUCAAAGUCAGGUGCACCCUUCACCCAUUCAAAAUCGUCCUUCAAUGUCACCAACCCAGGGGAAUCGUGAUGUUGGACCUUUAGCCGGGUUUCCUCCUUCAGCCAUCUCUAAUGGAUCGGUACCGACGACACCAUACGGACAACAUCGGCCAAUAGCCCGACCCCAAGAUCGGAAUAUCCCAUCUUUUCCGAGUAUAGACCAACGUACAGCAUCCUUCUCCGAGUCGUUCCCUUCCCACACUCCACCACCACCUGGAUCUCAAAAUAAUAUGAGCUUCUCUGGUCUCAGCCCGACCAAGAACAACUCGCCGCGGCCCGUGACAGCAAGCAGUGUCAGCAGUGCAUCGGUCUUACCUCCAAUUCACAGACUCGAGCCCAGUCCCAAACUCAUGGGACGUAGUUCGGUGGACGCGCCUAUUCCGCCUCCAGUCAAAACGAUGACUCCGGAACAGGAAGGACGUCGACAGCGUGAGAAUCAGGUUGCGGCAGGACACGACUCGACUUAUACUAUUACUGGCACAACUCUGCCACCGUUGUCGUCUUGGAACACGACUCCAUCUCAGAAUAAUGUACAACAACCGUCAUCCUUACCACCUCUCGGCCCCAACACGCAGGACCAGAACAACGGUGUGAACGGGCAUUAA